AUGACGACUGGCUUCGUUGAAAUCUUCGUCGGUGUCGUCAUUUGGCGGGGUCAUCACGCACGCUUGCUCGAUGACAGCUUCGUCCGCGAAGAUCGGGACGUUGGUCGCGACUCCGAGUGCGAUCGCGUCGGAGGGUCUCGCGUCGAUGUGGACGAGGUGGCCGUCGGGUCGGGCUAUAGAGAGCUGGGCGAUGAAGGCGCCGUCGACGAGGUCGGUGAUGGUGAUCGCUUCGAGGGUUGCGCCGAGUCCUGUGAUGGUCGAUGCGAGCAGGUCGUGGGUCAUGGGGCGUGGGAGUUCCAUGCCUUCAAGGCGGCGUCCGAUCGCGGCGGCUUCGACGAUCCCGAUCACGAUGGGGAAGGAUCGGGGAUGGGUGAGGUUGGGGUCGGCUUCGCGGAGCUCGAUGAGCUGCUCGGCUUUGCGCUCGUGGAUCAGGAUUCUGGCGGGGGAGAUUUGCGUGGAUUGCGGCGAGCGAUGGCGGUUGUCGGCAACGCGGACGGUGCUCCCGGUGUGUCCAUCGCAGAAGACCCCACGCUGGUGGGACAUGAGCGUGUCGAUGUAGCGGACGAAGUCCGGGCUGGCGCGGUGGAGGUGGCGCGUGCGUUUGUUCCAGACCUCGGAGACGAGCUGGGUGUUGACGAUGCGCGUGAUGUCGGGCUGCCAGAUCUUCCAGACUUGCUGGUCGAGGAUACCGAGGUCCACAAGCGCGUGCUCGUGGGCGAGCAGGUCGAAGUAUUCACGGAUUGCGACGGCGGUUUCGAGGUCGCCUUGCCAAUGGUCGUUGAGGCGGAGGUCGGCGUCGAGUCUGCGGAACGCGAUCAGCGAUGCGUGACGCUCCGUCAGGUACGCGAGGAUGGCGCAGAGCGAUCCGGCUACGAUCGCGCUCGUGGAGACGAGUUGGAGCAGGAGGGGCAAUGGCAUCGCAUCGGCCCGUCCGAUUGGGAGGAUGGUGAUUUCUGGUCGGAUUCCAUAGCGUGA